AUGACCGAAAUAUCAGACUAUGAGCUUCAUAGCUCAAAUGACAACCGGAUCGGGGACACUUCUGAUCAUGAGUACUUCGAUGAUUUUAAUAUCUUUGACAGUGACCAAGAAGAAGAAGACUACGGCGCCUUUCAAGACUUCGAUGAUUUCUCCGACAACCAAGACAGCAAUCAGGAUUUCGCUCCUUCCCCCUCAGGAGAAACAAAUGUUGAAGGGCUGACAAUGAGUAUUUCCGAUGUUGAGCUCGCAGAAGAUAGAACAUCUCUCUCAGGCGCACCAUCGUUAUGGCAUUGCGGAAAAAACACUUUCCAGUUUGAAAAUUAUCCUUCUACACCAGCUUUUAUGCAGGUAUGUCAGCAAGCACGAAAAUAUGGCAGGGAAUACUUCUAUGCUGUUGACGCGAAGGGAGUCCCGCAUGAUUUCACCGACCCCCAACAGGUUGACGAGCCAUAUUUCUAUGUCAACCCCAUCAGCGACGACUUUAUCUUGAAAUUCGGAGAUGAGACGUUUUGUCCUUCGCCGAUGUACUGUCCCAUACAGUUUAGUCCGGAGUACAUGCGAAAGGAAUUGAGGGCUAAGGAAAAAGAACUUUAUAAAAUCGAAGAAGAAGAGGAAGAUGCUCGUUAUGAGGCGGACAUAGGCACAGUACAUGUUCCUGUCGUAACCACAAUAAGUUGGGGCUCGUUGUUUCAACACAUUCCCGCUACACCUGCAAGCGUAGCAAGACCCGCUCCCCAUCGUCCCGGCGAGCCAAUUUUCCCUCCUGCGUCAGUACUUCCUCACUUCUUCGACAAGAUUCGAUCAGUUGGUAUCAACCUCUCACUUGAUUGCCCAGGAGUUGUCGGGUUUGAAGCCAUGAGCGCUGAGCAACUCCAACAAUGGACCGAAGAUCAAGUUAAUUGCAAAUUCGACAAGGUGUUCAAGAAAAUCAUGGAUCGUCUUCCUCAUCUCGAACAUGUAUUUGUGGUAGUGAGAGCAUAUGGGCGAAGUAAUCGGUGUGAAUCAGAUCGGGGUUUCCCGCGUGAGCUUGAGAAGAAGAAAUGGACGAGUGUGGGCAUGGAAAAGGGAACGGCGAGACGUAUGGGAUAUAGAGAGUUUAAACAGUUUGAGAAUCAGGCGAAGGUUUGGUUAAUGCAUGAGAGGAUUGAUAGGGGAAUGCAGUUGAAUAGAAUCGAUUUUGGGUUAUAUGUUCAGACAAAUAUUUUGUGGGAGAUUUAGGGAGGAGGGAGGAUCUUCUGAGGGAGUAAGCAU